AUGAAAAGCUUACGCGGGUCCCUUAGUUACUCGAAUGUUUGCGAUAAAAGGUGGCUGGAUAAAAUGGCUACAACUUUGCAUCUUCCAGCGAUUUCACAUGCGCCUGUCGCCCGAGAAUUUCCGAAAGUUUGGGAACACAGGUGAGGUGGAAAAUUUUCUGACGUGUUCUAGGCAAACAUAACCGAAAGCAUUUCAUGUCAAUAGCCUAAUUUGAAUUUGUCGUGAACCGAAAUGUUUUACAUUUUAAGAAAGAUAAGCUCGCCUGUCGCUAUCUGACCAUCUAACAAGAAUAUGCUCUACUUUCUUCAGUCUUUGGAGCAAAACAGUUUCGACUACGAGAGAUCGUCGUUGACUCGCCGAAAGAAACUUUGUAUAUCCAGUAGACGGUGUCGAUUAAAGCUUGAAGUCUAUCAAAACAAGUGAAAACCCGUUGAAAUUGCAGCAAAGUAUAAUUAUUAUUGAUUUCACGAUGCAGCGUUUGCCAAUCGAUAUUUCUCCAAAAAUAGAUCUUUAUUUUCGAAGAUUUUUUACAGCUUGGCUCAUAGACCAUCUUGACGAUGGAAUCAAUAUUUCAAGAUCAGAAUCUGAUGGUAAAUUGUGCAUGAGCCAAGUAGAAGAUCGCUAUCGAAAUUUUAUUGUGGAAAAAAUUUUUUCCAUUAAAAUUAGCUUUUACACUCAAAGCGGAAUUUUAAAAAAGUAUUUUAUUUCUUUUAUUUUUACUAAUACAUUUACUACGCAUAUAUGUUCGAAUUUCCUUUAUUUCUCGGACUGGAGAUGAUUUACAUACGAGGCAUUCUUACUACUGUUUUCUUUUGAGUUUUCAUCUUCCUGGUGCGGGUUUUGAAAACAUAAUAGAUUGUUUGAAUUUCCCCCUCAUAGAAAGAAUUUGUCACACUGGUCUAAACAAGAUGUACCCUCGUUAAAACUCGCCCAGCAGCUGGAUACAGACCACUGGGCAAAGCUGAAGGGAAAGGUAAGAUAAGUUAGGGGGCUCAUACUAAAUAUCACGUAAAAUCGUUUGAUGAAUAUCUUUCAAAAAAUAUCAAAAUUUUUAAAUUUCUCUAACAGUUCAGAGUUAAUUUUUUCUUGCUGAUAAUUUGAUCACAUGGCAAACGUCUCGGAAAUUCUAGCAUGGAGCUGAGUUUUUCUAAGAUUAGAGGGAAGAAAACGAAUACCUCAGCCAUGAAAGCUACGAAUAUCUCAAAACUUUCUUUAUGUUUUCUUAAUAUCUCGGAAACUUUUAGAUAUCCCAAAAAAAUACUCGCAUAUUGGAGGUGAAGCGUAGUUGACCGCUGCUAUCAGCAAAGCUGGUCAUUAUAAUCUUACUUCUUGUUACGCCCCGCUAAAAUUUGAAAAAUCUCUUAAUUUUUAAAAAUACAUUCAAGGCAUGUUGUAUACUUUCUUAACUCGUUGAGUAUUCAAGUGGUGGGUACUUCAAUUUAAGGUGGAAAAAAAUGAUGACUUUUCAAAAAUUUCGAGGUCACCAUGUUGUUACAAUUCAAAUAAUAGGAUGCAUUACUCCAUACAAGACAAAGAUACAUAAGAUACAUUGCUUCUUAAUCAAAAACACUCUAAUUCAUGCGCCUGUUUUCCAAUUUAAUCGUGGACCUCCACAUAUUCUGAAUAAAUGUUCUUUGCCAAAAUUGUUCACUAUUUAUAGUGAGUAAGCAACGACCUUUAGGAAGAUGAAAUUUGCCCUUAAAAAUGCAGUGAUAGCGUCGAUUGUAUUAAAUAAUUGGGAAAAGCAGUUGGGACUGAAUUCAGAAAAUGGCAUCUGAAAGAACAAACUAGAAUUUGACGAAAACUUAAAAGUACGAUGUCAACAGGAGCCUCUCAAUGCCUCCAUUUACCAAAAUAUUUUUCAAUUCAAAAUUGCUUGGGACCAAUCUCAGGGGUAAAACCUUUUGCCGGAGUAAUUGUUUCAAUACCUCCUUUCUCUGUGGCCUGGAUUUAUUUAGAAAGCUAAACGAAGUUUUGAAAUAAUUUUGUUUCAGCACGUUGACUUCGUAAAUCGCAUGUCGUAUAGUUUGCCGUCAAAGGAAAUUUUGGCUAGUCGUUCUCAGAAAGAUCCGAAGCUGUCAAGUGCGUUUCAGAGAUAUUACUAUGAUCAAAGCAAGCACAGAGAAGAACUGUUAAAGAGUAAGUAGACAGAAAUUGUAGAAAUAAUGGUAUCGACUAAAUGGCGCUCUAGGACUAAGGCCGAAAAAUCUCCUCAGCGUUCAUUAACCUUUCUCUCCAAGACCUUAUUAGUGAUCCUCCUUAUUGUCUGUCAGUACAAUUGUUAGGAUGUUAGUUCGAAAAACUUGGUAUUGGAUCAACUAAUAUUCCCUUGAUUGAUGUUUUUCUCUAUUCUCAUCACUUGUCUGCUUAGUAUUGUAUUGAUAAUUUAACGAGAAAUACUGUCACGGUCACUCAUGGGAGUUAAAGGCUUAGGAAACUGGUAAAGGGUUUACACGAGACGCGGGAGUUUUACAGUAAGGCAAUGUUGGGUGAGAAUUGUGACGCUUGAAAUACAAACUGCACGUGACGCUUGAAUUUGAAUUUGGGUGAAACGGGAUCAGGAACCCCCAUUCCCCCUUUCCCUGCUUGUUACCCUACUCCUUGAGUAGUGGUUUGUGAUUUUUAGCUGAGUUAAAAAAUUCCUUAGAGGUUAAUAGUUAAUACUCGUUACUUGGAGACAGGGCUUAGUCAAUCAUUCUGCUCACUAGAUUUCGUGAUAAAAAUGAAAUAGAACCAAUGAAAAAGGAGAAAAGUAAUGACGCGACGUAGCUUAGAGCUGUUUCAAAUAAUUGUGGAAAACUUAAGGUCUGAAAAAUACCGUUAGAGUCCGUUCGAGUUGACUUUGAGUCUGAAAGACAUACUUAGUUUUUCAGAAAGGCAAUCAAUCUGACAGAAUUUCAAAAACGUGAACUUAACGUCACUACGUUAAUGUGGCUAACCAAACUUUCGUCUCAGAAACAUAUACCAUGUACUAUCAAGGCAAACCGAUGGAGAAGAAAUCUUCGAGGCAAGUUCUCCAACAGACGAACGACCUUCCACGCCCUCAAGUUCAAAGGCGUCCAUCGGUGUACAAUCAACGGGCUAAAGAAGGCUUCAAGUUUUGGCUGGAAAGUGAUCCAAUGGUUAAAAGAAUUUCGUGUAAGAAUACAGUUUUUGAAAGACAGUUCCUUUGGAGUACUUUUUCACCCCGGUUUUUGAAAUGACUCCACGUUGUGCUUUGGAAUUGUUGUGCUCAAACACUGAUUUUUUGGCAGAUCAAUACUAAAUACUGUUUCUUAAAAAAAUUGUUUUCAAGAAAUACCCAUGUUUUAAACCAAAUUUUUUUAUUUAUCUAUUUAUUUAAUCUUUUAUAUUCAAGAUUACCAUAGUAACAUGAAAGCCUCAAGGACAAGUCUCCAACUUAAGAUUCCAGUAUCUCAGCUCAAAAUAAAGCUUGGUAGCUCCCCUCAUGAAACAAUUAGAGUGAUACAGAUCUUGAAAAAUUUUGCUUAGAUUCUUGAUCUGCUGAUUGGCAUUCAAUGAAAAAAAUGGGAGUGACCAUCGCCAUCCGUUUUGAGCAACAGCCUCCAACAUUUGAGCUUAACGCUUCUGUUUGAAUGGUAUUUCUAAAAGGCUGUACUGACACUAAGGCGGUCUUGUCACGAGCGUGGGACAAAGAAAAAAUAUUGAGUACCCAUGAGGAAUCGAACCUCAGACUUUCGGAUUCCGCGCUCCGAUGCUCAAAACUUAAACUUUACCGAGCUCAAAACUUAAUAUCUCUCUUAUUAUAUUUACAAACAUGACGCUAUCGACAUUGCUGAUCCUAACAGUAUGCAGGACGCGUGUCAUAUGAACUUCGUGAUAGACCUCGCUCACCGUAAAGUCUCUGCAGUGACUCAGUGGUUAGAGCAUCGGAGCGCGGAAUCCAAAGGUCUGAGGUUUGAUUCCUCAUUGGGAUAGUAUCAGCUCGUCAAAAAAAAUUGGUGUUUGACAACAAAACCAUUUAGAGCCACCUUGACUAACAGUUGGGUUUAUAUGCUUAUUUACUUGACAGAUAUUGAUCAAAAAAUUUCAGGGGGCGGUGUUAGUAAAAGCUAACAGUAAUUUCCUCUUUUUCUCAGGUGAAACCGCUGAGAGUGCAAUUUUUCUUUUUUGUUUCAGUUUGUUCCAAGUACACGUUUGGCUCAAAAAGCACGUUCCAUGGACUUGGAAAUGCCCCAAGAAAUUAGUUGAAACAACAGACAAACGAAGUUUUAUGGUGUGG